ACCUUUAACUAAACUGCAAUGAAGCUUUUACUGUUUGCGUUAUUCGCCGUUGGAUUCUAUUCUCUUUUGAGUCGUCUUUAUGACACCUGGUUACCUACCAACUUCAUCUAUGACAAAAAGGUUCUUCAAGAUAUUGUCCAAGAUGUUCUCGUUAAUCAUCCAGAUGGUAAUGCAACCAACAUUAUGAUUGAAUUAGUUCCAAAAAUCAAAGAAAAAUACCCCUCAAUCACUAAUGACUUAAAUUUUGACGAAUGGGUCUACAACAAUGCCGGUGGAGCUAUGGGUACCAUGUACAUUCUUCAUGCUUCCAUCAGUGAGUACUUAAUCCUUUUCGGUACCGCAAUCGGUACUGAAGGUCACACUGGUGUUCAUUUUGCUGAUGAUUACUUUACUAUUUUAACUGGAUAUCAAAGCGCAGCUUUUCCAGGUGCAUUAUCUCCAGAAAUGUACUUGCCAGGUGACCAACAUCAUUUAGAAAGAGGUCAAGUUAAACAAUAUAGUAUGCCAAGUGGAGGUUUUGCUUUGGAAUUGGCCCAAGGUUGGAUUCCUGCUAUGUUGCCAUUUGGAUUCAUGGACACUAUCACUUCCACUAUGGACUUCUACACUUUUUACUUAACAAGUUACUACACUGGAAGAGACAUGAUUAAGAACUUGUUAAGAGGUAAGUUUUAGGUUACGUUACAAUUAGAUAGAUACAUAGACUUUGUAAACUUCAUUAAUAAUUCAUACAAAAUGAACAUUACCUC